GAAAGGCAGAGGAAGUCCGAGCGUCACUGAUUUUUCCUCUGUCCCUGGAGAGAAGAUUGCUGACUUGGAGUCACUCUGGCUGCCCAAGACCAUCUGACAUGAAGACAUAACUCCAAGUUUCUUACCCCGCCAGUAAUUAUGGAUCUGAUCAACUCUUCUGAUUACCAGGUCACUGUCUCUACAUUAGUAAGAAAUGGCACUCACUUCCCAGCUCCUGCCACAAAAACUUUCAUUGUCCUUUCUUUGUUAUUGGCAUCGAUAAUUGGCAUAAUCAGCAAUGCUCUCUAUCUGUGGGUACUGAAAUUCAAGAUGAAAAGGACUGUCAAUACUCUUUUAUAUUUUCAUCUCAUUUUCUCAUAUUUUAUUGCAACAUUAAUUGUGCCAUUUAUAACCAUCUCCUACCUUUGGGACAAUCACUGGAUCUUUGGAACUGCCAUGUGCAAGGUCUUCAACAGCAUUUUAUACAUGGGAAUAUUCGCCUCCAGUUUCUUCCUCUCAGCCAUCAGUGUUGACCGUUACCUUUUCACUCUUUACCCCGUGUGGUCACAGCUGCACCGAACCCCACGCCGGGCUUCCAGCAUAAUCCUGGUAGUCUGGAUCUCUGCCACGGUCCUUGGCACGCCCUAUUUGGUUUUCAGGGAGACAUAUGAUGACCAUGAAGGAAGGGUGAUCUGCCAGAAUAGCUAUGAGGUGUCCACUGACUGGGAAAGCGAAAAGACGCAAACAUUUAAAAAAUGGAUUCAUGUGGGAUGUUUCACCAGCCGCUUCUUGCUAGGCUUCCUUCUGCCUUUCUUGAUCAUCACCUUUUGCUACGGAAGAAUAGCCAACAAGAUGAAAAAGAGGGGCCUGUUUAAAUCCAGCAAGCCUUUCAAAGUCAUGAUGACUGCCAUCAUCUCUUUCUUUGUGUGUUGGAUGCCCUACUAUGUGUAUCAGGGCUUACUUCUCACUAAGAUCCAAUCUCUACUUUUACAGUUGGCUCUGUUACUUGCAGUAAUUACCACUUCUUGCAAUGCUGUCUUUUCUCCCCUACUCUACCUGUUUAUAGGGGAGAACUUCAAAAAGGUUUUCAAGAAAUCCAUUCUUGCUCUGUUUGAGUCAACGUUCAGUGAGGAUUAUUCUCCAGAAAGAACACAAAACCUAAAUUCGGAAACCUACAUUUAAAUUCAGGGUCCCAUGAACUCUUAGUUAAUUACACAACCAGAGAUAUACUCCCUACUCCUGUACAAUUAUAGCUCUAUAUUAAAGAGACAUCUAGGCUGUAUUAUUAUUAAAUUGUGAAGAUUAAAAGAGCUAUAAGAAAGUAAGCAAUAGGUCAUGUUCUGGAUGUAAUUUUCCCCUUCCAUAUUGUGGUAAAAUAUUGUCCCUUGAACAAUAUGGAUUUGGACUUUCACAGUGACAUUUUCUUUUCUCUAGCUCAUUUUAUUGUAUGAAUACAGUAUAUAGAGGAUUGGAGGGCGUGGGUAAAAAUAGUGAUGGAAUUAAAACGUACAAAUUGGUAGUCACAAAAUAGUCAUAGGGAUAUAAAGUACAGCCCAGGGAAUAUAGUCCGUAAUAUUAUAACAAUUAUGUGUACAGUGCCAGGUAGAUACUUGAAAUAUCGAGGGGACCUCUUUGUAAAGUAGGUGAUUGUCUAACCGUUAUGCUGUACACCUAAUACAAAAUAAUAUUGAAUAUAAACUGUAGUUU